AUGCUCGAGAACCGCCAACUCGCCCGCCCGCGCGACAUGGCCGCCCUUGCCGCCUAUGUCGACGCGUCAGAGUCGUGGGACGACGAUCCCGACCUCGACCUGUCCUCGGCCAACCUCCACCACCCUUCCCCCCUCGACCUCACCCUCCAGCCGCCGUCCGACUCGGAGCCAGCGUCGCCCGCCAUAGACCACGACUUUGACGACGACGCCGUCAGUGACGGCUUCUUCGAGCGCGUGGCGGGCGAGUGGGACGACCCGCCGAGGACGCGCGACGAGGACAACGAGUCGUCGGUCGACUCGAGCAGGACCACGUCGACGACCGGCACGCUCAAGGGCCUCAUGCAGGGCCUCUCGCUCGACCCCGAGGCCGACAAUACCCUGUCGUUCGACCUUCCUACGCCCUCCUUGUCGCCACCUCCACCCGCACUCGAGCUCGACGCGACGCGGCGCACGAGCAAGACGACGACCCUGCGCGGCUCGUCCCCGCUCUCGGCCCUCCUGUCGUCCUCGCGCUCGCCCAGCGCUCGCCACAAGGUCCAUCACCUCGGCUCGACGCCCCUCGGCCAGGCGCAGGCCGUCGACGCCGACUGGGACCAGGACCUCGAGGGGCUCGACGCCCUCCAGCUCGGCGGCUCGGCGUCGACCGAGGCGGGCCCGCGCGCCGUCGUCGUCAAGAAGGGCAGCUUCUCGAGCCACAUUAGCCUCGACGACGACGAUGACGACGAUGGCAUGAGCGCGUUCGACGACGACGAGCCGGCGGCGCCGAGCGUCGCCCGCAAGCGCAUCUCGAUCGCCUCGUUCACCGACGCCGAGGACAACGGCGACAGCGAGCACGACUUUGAGCUGCCCUCGACGCUCUCGCACGUUCAACUCGCCCCGACGCUCGCCAACCGGCCGAGCAACGUCAGCCUCAGCUCGGUCGCCGAAGCCGCGCCAGCCGCGCCCGCGCACGAGCCGACAACGCCAGGUCUCGUGCCGUCGAGCCGGCCUCCCCAUCCUUCCUUCACCGCUGCAUCAUUCGCCGCCUCGACACCGGGUCCGCUCACGCCGUCGCGCUCGUCGGACGACGACGGCCCGUCCUCCUCGGCCCUCGACGACGACGACGACGCCGACUUCUUCGAGGACCUCGUCUUGCCUUCGUACUUCCUCGCCGGCACCGCCGUUGACGACGCCGAGCGCAAGCGCGCAGCGACGCCGCCGACGAGCGAGGGCGAGCCCGACUCGGACGUCGCCGCCGCCGCCGCCAAGGUCGACCUGCAGUCGAUCCUGCGCGCCAAGCUCGAGGCCCGCGUACUAAGCUCUCAUGGCUAA